CAUCAGCAUUGAUCUCAUUUAGCAACAUGUAUAAAAUUGUGCGAAUUUUAUUUUGCGACAGUCACGAAAAUUAAUCGUGCUUUUUCCUCAUAUAAAGCAACAUAGAUUAUUAUUCAAACAUAUCGUGGGAUAACUGCAUUUAAGCCAACGUAUUUAAGAGCGUGGAUGCGUCGUUCCGUUUAUUAGUAUUAACGUGCAUUCAACAUACGUGUUUACAAAAAGAGAGGAUAGUCCGACAUCAAAAUCCUAUACGGCACGGACUAAAGUUUUAGCAGAGGUUGCCGACGAUUUGAGAGCUUUCGGACGAGACUUAUCGGAUCACAUUUUUCGACAAAGAUAAUUGCGACAAAAGACAAUAUAAAAUUGCCCAACGGACAUUACUCGACAAGAACAGCUGUUCAACAUUUGACUGAUGUUCUAAGUCAUCCGGACCACAAAAUAACCAAAGGUUAUGCCGAUCAAAAAUCCGGAAAACAGUUUGGAUGACGAGGUGGACGCAUUCAGUGUCAGCAAUGUCCGCGAACAACCGAUCGAUCCUAGAACCCUACCAUCUGCGAAGAGAGGGUUAUUCUUUUUGAGUAAACCGAAGCCUGAUCAAAAAUCGGUGAUCCUUAUCUCCCACGCCAAUCAGACGGACACAGUGGCUGGGGAUUAUUUUGGCGCAACUCUAUACACCUACACGCGGCCUUCUGGGAAGAAAUACAAGUAUCAGCAUCUACUUAAGGAUAUCAUUGAUGAAUAUCCGGCAAAGAAGAUGCGAAUCAGUGAAGAAGACGAGCUUGUCAUAAUAGACAAGACAUUUACGCCACACCUUAAUCACAAACAGGUUCUCAAUAGUUUCCACCACGACGUAAAAGUUGACGGGAAAACGCGAUUCUGUCUGGUUUUAAGACGUGAUAAGAAGCAGUCUUCUAGGGAGUGGUAUGAAACCAGUGCAAUCCUGCAUCCGGACCAUAGAUCGCAGCAUAAUGAUGCAGCUCCGAUUGCAAAGCAAUUGAAAUGGUUAAAUCUUGGUCUAAAUCCACAACCCAUACGUUUUCCGCCGCAACAAAUCCAUUUUUCCAUUUACGACUGCUCGCUUUAUAUGUUCAUUGAUCAAUGCGGCAUUCAUGGCGUACCUAUCGAAAGGGAUGACGAUUCCAUUUACGUCAACAAGAUAGUCGAGGUAUCAUUCAAUAAGUUGUCGUGUAAGGCAGCCUUGUAUGGAAUGGAUGGGACAUCAUAUGUGCAAAUUGAUGAUCAAAGGAAAAUACGCAUAUCGGGCGAAUCCAUAUGUACUUGGUUCGGAUGUGAAAAGAAAGGAAGCGACAAUAAAUUCUUUGUAGAUGACUGCUUUCUGUCAUAUGACAAAAUAGAAAAGAAAUUUGUGAUGUCCAAAAUCAAGGAAGGGCGAACCUGUGUUAUAUUCGUCGAUGAGGGUGAUCAUCCAGAUUGCGCAACAGAUGACAUUGACAGCGGAUACGCCAGUAAAGUUGGUAGUCAAGAAAAUGAUACAUGGACGCCCGAUGAUACCAUUUGUUUGUCUACGGACAAUUUAGACAUGGACUAAUUUAUGAUUUGAACUAGUGUUCGUAUUGAUUAAAUGUGGAAUACAGCUUGACACUAGUAACAAACAGCUAAACAAGGGGCUAAUGUUUUUAUUCCUGUUGAUUAAAUGUUAGAAUAGUGGUGGGCACUAUUAAAAUGCCUGCCUUAAUUACAAAUCAUUGACAGCGUGCAAGUGACUAUUAUUUGUACAUUUUAUUGAUAUUUGACUGCGUAUGUAAGGAGAUUACCAAUAUUGCAUUAACGUGUUAUAUACUUUAACACAUAAAGAGCAUUACAUUGCAAGUAUUAAGGGAUUCGCUUCAUUGUCGAACCGUAUCACAUACAUGUUUUAGUACUCAAGUUUAGUCUUUAAGCUAUAUGAACGUUUAUUGUAUGCUCUCUAACGUCUUUUAGUAUCCUUGGAAAAGCUACACAUUCCUAUGAUCUGAUUAAGAUUUGUUUUAAGUUGACUAAACCUACCAUGUGUACAUCUGCAUCGCAUUUAAACGUAAGUUUAGUACGUUACAUGAUUUUUAAUUAAUAGUACACAUGUAUAUAAUUGUCCUGUACAUAAAGAUGAUGUAGAUGGAUGCCAGAAGAAUUAAGCGCCUUGCCCAAUAUUUAUUUUUCAUUCAUUGUUUUGAUUUUGUGUAUGUUAAACUUUAAUUUAUAUUCCUUUUUUCUGACACUAUACCAGUAAACAUGUUUUCGAUCCAAACAUGUUAUGUACUUUUUUACAAAAUGUAUGUAUAUAUAUUUCUUUAUCAAACCAUGUCAUAUAUUUUCUUAAAAACGCAAGCAUAAAUGUGACUUUUAUCCAAACAUGCAAACUUUUUUCUAACAAAAUGCAUGUAUCCAUGUUUUCUAUCCAAACAUGUGUAUUUGAACAACAUACAUGAUUUUAAUCAAAUGGAGUCUUAAUAAUAUUAUGACAAAAUAUUAAGUCACUGUUAUUUACUUUGGCAGUAAACUUGCAUUUAAAGUGUUAAGAUAUUAAUAUUUUCGAUGUUGCUCGUAGAAAUGUCAAAUACGAAUUUAUUUAGUUGUACUAUUAGUGAUUAUUGUGCAAAGUAAAAAAAAAGUGGUGUGCAAAUAAAGAGUACAUAUAGAAAUUAAUUGUAUGUCGAUUUUCUGUAAUUAGACAUUUCAAGAAUCAUUUACAUAGUCCGUUUAAAACUACGGAGGACAUAUCCAGUGAUAAAUCAUUCUUAAUUCUUUCAAAUUGCUUACUUCUCAAAAUAGCAUAUCCUUUGUGCUAUCUACAUCCCGCAUACUUGUACGAAAUACCCAAAUUAUUUGUUCCAGUUGCUAAUAAAUAAAAUAAUAAUUUGAAAUCAAUUUUUAUACUGCGAACAACGAAAUCCGCCAGUUUUCUCGUCAACAACUCGUAGUUACCACAUUAAAUUGAAUAGCAGUGUGAAGCUUAAAAUGGCGAUCAUGAUGAUAAUAACGAUGAUAUAUCAAGAUGUUUGUGGUGGUGAUUCAUGGUGAUAAUUAUUAUGGUAGUGGUGGUUAUAGUGUCCCGAUGAUGACGAUGUUGAUGUUGUUGAUGAUGAUCCCACUAUUGGUGCUUCUGCUAAU